AUGACCAGUACAUAUCCCAAAACAAAGCCGUUGAUAGUGAUCGAUUCGCAUAACAAUUUACAUCCUCGGCAGGUGGACGUGCUCAGACAAUUGACCGAGAAAACGAUUAAAGAGCUCGUCGGUCAGGAAAUGAUUUUCGAAGUGACCUCGGUUUUGCAGGAUCAGUUGAACGAGUAUGAGAGGUUAGGAGCUGAAGCCCCUAGUUUAGAAGAGGAGAGAUUGAAUAGGAUAAAAGAGGCUGAGGAGAAACAACGUCAGGAUGAAGAGAAUCGCAGACGUAUGAAGGAGGCGGAAUCCAGGGAGGAGCAACGUGUUUUGGACGAAAUGGUCCGAGAAGAGUUGAAUAGACGUCAGAAACAGAAGAUGAAGGACGAUUUCUUGUCAAGAGAGGAGGAAGAAGCCGAGGCAUUGAAUGAUGGACUUGGAAUUGUCACUCCUACUGAAAGUAGUGUGAAUCUUAAAGGCGCUGUUACUGGAAGUGGUGGUGGUAAUGUAAGCGCCAGCAGUAAUAGUCGGAAUGGAAGCAGCGCCAAUCUGUUUGCUAUUUCUGGUGGAAAUUCGGUAGGUUUGGGGAACAUCGAAUCAAACGAUUCGGUGGUUUUCGACCGAGUGGUGACCGUCAAGCGCCAGAAUGGUUCUGUAUUACGGUUUAAACAGGUUGUGGGCAAGAUCCCUACUACAUCAAACUUCUUUGGAAAUAACUAUAUUGUGAAACCAUUUAUACCGGCUAACAAUGGUGACUCUAGCGAGGCUGUCGACGACGUUCUAUUCAUGCUGUCGGAAAUUGAUCUGAACGAACCGUUUUGGGACAGUAUUGACGGUAGACGACAAAUCCACCUUCUCGAAUCGGAGUUGGACUCACUCAAGGAGUUCAGGCAUGAAAAUGUCGUUCCUUUAUAUGAGGCAAAAAUUAGUCGAAACUCUUCUGGCGGCUGGAAAAUAUACCUAUUGACUCAGUAUUCCCCCAUGGGUAACCUGAACGGGUUAUUAGAUGCAGUAGAAGCAGUCAGUCCAAAAGUUGCCAGAACCUGGUCGAUUCAAAUUUUAGAAGCUCUCGAGGCUCUUCAUAAAGUAGGCAUUGUUCACAAAGACCUUACAUUGGAAAAUAUUGCACUAUUUCGUAACAAAGACCUAGGUGAGACAAUCAUCAAGUUAGAUUCCGUAUCCUAUUCGUUUAGAUUAAAUGAGCUCAACAAAGCUCAUCUGUUCUCUUCAAAGAACAACUUGCUUCCUAACAACAUGUCUUCUGUUUCAAAGAAAUGGUGUCCUCCUGAGUAUUCUGAUGAGAAUGGCGGUAUCAAGCCAACCAAAAAGUCCGAUAUUUGGUCGUUUGGCGUGGUGUUUGUCCAGCUUAUCACAGGAAAGUCUAUCAUCAACGAGUUUGAUAAUCCAUUUGACUAUAUCAAUUCAUAUGAUGAUAGUUCUCAUCUACUUACUGAUUUCUUGGCUCGCAUAUUUAAAGAAUCACCUAAGAAGAGACCAAGUGCGUUUGAUUUGCUGCUUUCGCAGUUUCUUCGAUCCGAUCCCGCCACGUUCGCAGCAGCCAACUCCGUGGUCAAGAGCACAAGCACCACUCCUUCUGACACUCUUUCAUCAUCCGCCACUAUUGAACGCACAAAUUCGGGAUCAAGACCCACAUACCAUUUACUUGGUCGCAGGUCUUCCAACCGCGGUCCAAGACGUAGUUUCAACAUGGAACGUGAUAAUAUCGUCAAUCUUCGCGCUGUUAACUCCCCACUUAGCACAGCUACUUCUAGAAACUCGGGUCCUGCUUAUUCUCGGUAUGCCAAUGAUUUUGACGAAGGUGUAGUUUUAGGAAGAGGUGGAUAUGGUGAGGUUGUCAAAGCGCGUAACAAAGUAGACGGAAGAGCAUAUGCGAUAAAAAAGAUCCAGGCUACUGCUGAUAAGUUAACUCAUAUUCUACAAGAAGUAUGGCUACUAUCUCGUCUAAACCACCAAUAUGUGGUUCGGUAUUUUACGGCGUGGCUUGAAGAUGAUUUCUCACUUGGCCAACAGGAGAGCGAGGAGUCAGACGAUGACAAUGCCGUUGUGUUUGAAGACAGCUCUGAAGAGUCAUCUGAUGAUGAAAGACCCAUAACAUCACUUAGCUCAUCAUUGAGCAAUCUUAAUUUCAACGAGCUAUCGGUCAAUGCAUCUCUAGAUUUCAUGUCUAAUUCAAUGGUUGAAGGACCAGAAAUCCAAUUUGGAUCUGAUUCCGACGAUGAUGAAGAUGAUGCCGUGACUGGAAGUGUAACAGAGUCUUCAGCUAUUUCCAGUUCAGAGCAAGAACCUCUUGAAUCAAGACCUAGAAGAAGUACUCUUCGCAAAGUCAACUUUGUACGACCGCAACCAAGAAGCACUCUAUACAUCCAAAUGGAGUAUUGUGAAAAGCACACACUUGCUGAUUUGAUCAAGGAUAAUCUUUACACUCGACCAGAUGAGUACUGGAGGCUUCUCCGACAGAUCGUCGAGGCUUUAUGUCAUAUUCACAACGAAGGAGUUAUUCAUCGUGAUUUAAAGCCAAUGAAUAUUUUCAUUGACCAAGCGGGUAACGUAAAAGUCGGUGACUUUGGUCUAGCUAAGAGCAUUGGUCAAACAGGAAGUAGUGGUACUACAAUAGCAUCAGCUGAUCAAGGGGAUGACCUCACUACUGACGUGGGUACUACUCUAUACGUUGCAGUCGAGGUGCUAGGCAAAUCGAACGGUGCAAAGGGUCAGGGUCCAAUUUCGACUUCAUAUAAUGAAAAGGUUGAUAUGUAUUCACUUGGAAUCAUCUUUUUCGAAAUGGUGUACCCAAUGCAUACUGCAAUGGAACGGGUUACUAUAUUGAAAGAAUUACGGAAAGAGGAAGUCAUUGUUCCUCACGCUUUCAACAAUGUGAAUAGGUAUGAGUUGGAAAAUAGAAUUGUAAAGGCACUUCUAAACCACUCACCAGCUCAAAGACCAAGUGCAACAGAGUUAUUGCAGUCUGGGUAUAUCCCCAUUCCUCAGAAAGAUGAGACUGUCAAGGAGGCAUUGCGAAGUCUGGUUGAUCCAAGUCCCAAUUCGCCAUGGCUCUAUCAGGUAUGUAACGCGCUCUUCUCAAGGCCUCUCCCAUCGGCUCAGAGAGUUCUCUAUGAUAGAUCGACGUCUUUUAUGAUGAGUAGUGUUGGCAAUGGAAAUGGACAGGAGAAAUCGAGGUCGAGAAUCGUUGAAGCUGAUAACAAACUUCUCCGUACCGCAGUUAUUAAUACUAUCAAGACCGUUUUCGAACGCCAUGGCGCAGUCGAGAAUAAUGACCGGUCUGCCAUCUUUCCUAAAUCUAUUCUUUACAGUUCAGGAAACGUCAUGGAAGUCAUGGAUCCAACAGGUAAUAUAUUGCAAUUGCCUUAUGAUUUGACGCUACCUUUUGCACGUCGAUUAGCCGAAGCCAUUCCUUCGUUUCAAAAAUCUUACACUAUUGGAAACGUGUAUAGAUCAGACGAACGUAACAGAGGUACACACCCCAUUGUAUGUGGUGAGGUGGAUUUUGAUUUUGUUACAACUGAUGUUGUCGACUCUAUCUAUGGCGAGGCAGAGACUAUCAAGGUAUUGGACGAGAUAACAGAUUUGUUCCCAUGUUUCAAGCCGAAUUCUGUUUGUAUAUAUAUCAACCACUGGGACGUAUUGAACUCGAUUUUGGAAUUCUGUGGUUUUACAUCUCCUCAGAAAGCAUCCGCUUUAAAGCUUUUGGGACAGAUUGGACAGGGUCCUGCAAGACCACAAGUCAGAAAUGAACUGCUAUCCAAGUCGACACUAUCAGUAACAGCUUUGAACACUUUAGAAUUAUUUGGAUUCCGAGAUGAAAUUGAUAAAGCUGAGAGAAAGCUCAUGACUCUGCUUAACGGCGCUGAUAUCAGCAAGGGUUUUAAGGACGCUUUGUUGAACCUUAGAAUGAUAGUCAAUUUCUUGCAGAGACUAGGUGUAACAAAGCGGGUGUACUUUGCUCCCUUGAGUAAUCACAAUGAAUCAUUCUAUCAGAAUGGAGUAAUGUUCCAGGUGGUUAUUGAAGAGAAGCAGACUCGUAGUAUUCUCGCAGCAGGUGGUCGAUAUGACCGGCUAAUCAACCAAUAUCGAAACCCAUCGCUAGACUAUGGAGCAGCUGCACACGCAGUGGGAUUCAACCUUGCUCUGGAUAAGCUGGUUGAUACCAUGGCCGCAUACCGCGACUCUAUGACCAAAAAGAUUGCCAAGAAGGGGUAUUUCAAAGACCGUUCGAAUAACAGUAGCAGCGACGAACUGCUUACAGGCUGGUUAAAGCCUCGUUGUGAUGUGCUUGUCUCGUCGUUCAACACAGCCAAUAUCAAGGGACUUUGUGUAGAUAUCUUAAGAGAUUUAUGGGCACAUGGAAUCUCUGCAGACCUGGUUCGAGAAUGUUAUUCCUCAGAGGCAUUGGUAAGUCUUGCAAAGAAAGAUAAUAUCAAUUGGGUUGUUGUUGUAAAGCAGAUAAACAGUUACACUGCAUCAAGCAAUUAUAAACCGUUGAGAGUCAAGAAUAUCCACUUGAAGCAAGAUGUGGAUGUUGCUAUCGAGGAUCUUAUCCCACAUCUGAUGAUGGAAAUGGCUGAUCGAUAUAACGACAGUGGUAACAAUACUGGCGGUAAACACAGUACCGGAUCGUUCUUACUGCCAGCACCGAAUAUUGUGAGUAGUAUUGGAGCCAAUGGUAUCAGUUUGGGAGCCGGAAUGAACAGCAGUUUGAGUGGUGGAGGCAGUUCCAUGUCGGAUGAUAUUGAAUCGUCAGGUACAGGCCAGAGUCUCGCAAUGGAUUCGAAUAUGCCACCGUCGUCACCUCUUAUUGGAGGACAUUCAUCAGCCGAGUACUCGCCGAUUUCGACAUCCACGAGCAAGAUCACAGUCCUUAAUGAAUCAGGCAAGCUCAAAGGUGGUAAGAAAAACAGAUGGCUUCUUGAAGAGAACUGUCGAACGGGACUUAACAGGUACCUGAAAAACCUCGCAUCAGCACCAGUCUACUCACUAGACGUUAAAGAAGAAGUUCUAGAAGCAAUUUGUGCCACGUCCCCAGACCAGCCAGACGAAUGGCGCCGCAAAGUCGUAGGAAUCAGUCCGUCGCAAAAAGCGUACCUGCUCAACUGCCAAGGAGUCCUUGCAAAAGAGAAGAGCCGAGGAACAGAACGAGUAAUACUCUACUCAACAAAGAGCGAUACAGUUCGUGUAUAUAAUUUACGCUAA